UGCCCGUCAACUUCCAAGAGCGUCAAGCCGUGCGCUAAAACACGAGUAACAGGCUAUAGUCGAGUAAAGUCGUGCGUCUACAUCAGAGAGUGAACAUUAGAUCCAAUUUUGAAAGUAGGUUACAAAACCCCUCAAGCAAUAAGGAUCUUGUGAUUAUUUUCCAAAAUACGCAAUCAUAAAAACACGCCCUUUCCUCUGGCUGUCUGGAGACGUGGCGCAGGUGAUGGAGGGUAUGCCGGUGAGCAUGGGCGGCUUGCGGACGCUGCCGUGGUACGUGGCGGGCUCUCAGGUGCUGGGGGUGGCAAGUGUGGUGAUCACAGGCGUGUGGAUGGGACAUUACCGCGGAGGCUACGCCUGGGACGGCUCCACACAAGAGUUUAACGUCCACCCUCUCUGUAUGGUCCUCGGCCUGGUCUUCCUCUACGGAGAUGCUGUUCUGGUUUAUCGUGUCUUUAGAAACGAGAGCAAACGCUCGGUGAAAAUUCUCCACGCUCUGCUGCAUAUGAUGGCUCUUAUCAUCAGUAUUGUGGGUCUGGUGGCUGUAUUUGACUUCCAUUCGGCAGCUAAGAUCCCUCAUAUGUAUUCUCUGCACAGCUGGUGUGGCAUGCUCACGUUUGUGCUGUUUUUCAUUCAGUGGUUACUGGGACUGGGAUUUUUCCUUUUCCCAUGGGCCUCUGCUCAGUUGAGGAGCUGGUAUCUCCCACUGCACGUCUUCUUCGGCCUGUUGCUGCUGGUCAUGGCCGUGGGAUCCUGUCUGCUGGGAAUCACAGAGAAACUGCUCUUCAAUAUCAUGGAAACUUACUCCAGGUUUACUGGUGAGGGGGUCCUGGCAAACAUUUUAGGCUUGCUGCUGGUGUCCUUUGGGGUCGUGGUGGGUUACGUGGUGACGAGAGAUGAUUUUAGACGACCACCGAAUCCUGAGGAGGAGGCUCUAUCUGUGCACUUUAAGACCCUGUCGGAAGGAGAAAUCCCCAGUUCUCCUUAAUGUCCUCAUACACUCCAAAAACGGCCUUUCUGAACUUCCUGCCUUUCUACCCGUGUCCUAGCAAACCUGUCAGCCACUUCCUCCUUUUGCUGUCUUCUCGUUUUGUAUUCCCUCAUACUUACAAUUAAAGUUACUCAGCAACAGACAAUAAUUAAAUGUUAUAUAUAUAUAUACAUAUUUUAAAGUAACUCCUAAUUGUGCCAAAUCAAAUUAACAUGAAAAAAUAAGAGUUGUGUAUACUGUGUCUUUAAAUGUAUUAGAUUCAGGAUGCACUUUCUUGUGCCUUAACAUUCAUUUGUACCAGACCGUAAUGAAAAAGUGAAAUCCGCUACAAUGAUCACUAUUAUUGUUUAAAGUCAGAGGGCACAGCACUACAUCAGUGAAUGUUUAUUCUCCAUCUUUGCCAUUUUCAACAUUUAUUUUAUAUUACAGACUAAUCUUAUUCUUAUCACAGUAUAUGUAUGCUGUAUUUAUGCUGUAUUUAAACGAAAAUAUGUUACAGCUCUGCCUGCACAAAUGACUGAAAAGUACUUGAAAAUAAUGUUGGAUUGUUAAGACCAAAAUCUCUAGUAUCCAUGAUCUGAAAUAAAAAAAGUAUAUUAUUUAAAUGAAAAAGAAAAAAAGUCUUAUUUCUGAUCCAAACAUUAUCCGUCACAAUCAGUUUAAAGAAGACAGAUACUGUUUUACACUGUUUAGUGUGUGUAUACUGUAAACACACUCAUUCUGUCUUUCCAUCUGAAAUAAUAUGUAUAAAUGAUCUGUAGGUGCCCUUGUACUGUAAUUUUGUGUUGGCAUGUUUGUAUUGUCUAGUGGCAAUAUUUUUACCAUGUUUAUUAUAUCAGUAAGUAAUGUUCCUAGUGCUUGCUUCAUAUGUUCAAUGUGAUUUUAAGCUAAAUAAAUUCAUGAGAAAUAUGACUCCA